AUGUCUAAGAAAUUUCUUUCAGAUCAAGAAGAAUUCGUAGUCAGACCAUGGCUUCAGUAUCUCCUACUUGCACUGGUAGUUGUCUUAGCACCUACUGUGAUCACUAUCUUUCACCGAAUCUAUAUACAUCCACUCCGAAAGAUCCCAGGGCCGACUCUGGCAGCGGCAAGCGACUUCUAUGGAUUCUAUCACAAUUUUUUCAAAGGGGGAGGAUAUUCAAAACGAUUUCGGGACUUCCACGUCAGAUAUGGUUCGCCGGUCAUCCGCAUUGGUCCGAACCAUGUUCAUGUGAAUAGCCCGGAGUUCUUUGAGGAAGUCUUUCAUAUAGGAUCGAAGUACAGUAAAGAUCCAGCAUUCUAUAAGAACUUUGGGGGUAUAGAUAGCAUGCUAGAUCCUGAAGACUUUCGUACAUAUCGCACCCACAUAUCACCUUUGUACUCAGCUAGGUCUGCCGACGGUCUUACACCGAGACUGCUGACAGAACUUCAAGCAAUUGGAAAACGACUAGAGCAAAAUGUAGGGACGGGCGCAGUCGUAAAUAUUCAAAAAUUGUUUCGAACCUUGAGCGCAGAUAUGGUUCUGCGAUUACUUUUCCCGCAAGGGAUCAACCUCUUCGAGUUUGACGGUUAUCAUCCCUUUUUAGACGCUUUUGAUACGAUUAUGACUAAGACAUGGCUGAGCGAGUAUCCCGGUUUCCUAGCACCUUUGCUCACCUAUCCUCUUGUCGGCAUGCUUCUUGGCCUUAUCCCUGGGUCAAGUUUUGCCAAGGUCAAUUUGGCUUACAACCAACAGUAUUGCGAAGGAUGGGCAAACGACGCUCAACUGCUUCGAGCCACGAAAAAGGAACGAGUGCGCGAUUCUCAUAUGACUCGAUAUUUAGAUAUAGACCCGACCGAACGUCAAAAGGCCAAGGCUAUUAUUCAUCCAUUAGAAGAUGUUUUCAACUUUGUUGCGGGAGGUAGCGAUACUACAGCAUACACAAUGUCCUGUGCUGUCCACUAUUUACUCAACUCUCCAGGCGCUCUUACCAAGCUCCAGGCCGAGCUUGACCAGUCUUCCCGUUUUAUCAGGGGGGACUUUGACCACAAAAAAGUCCAGAAACUCCCAUAUUUGAAUGCAGUGAUUAAGGAGAGUCUACGUCUCUCUAGUCCUGUGCCGGGAUGUCUUCCCCGGAUAGUUCCAAGCGGCGGCGCUCGCGUGGGGUCUAUCUACAUUCCCGCCGGUACGGCCGUAUCAGUAAGCCUAUUAUGCCUCCAACAGAAUGAAAAGCUGUUUCCGGAGCCCCAAAAGUUUAGGCCUGAGCGAUGGCUGGGCGAAGAGGGGAAGCUUAUUGAGAAGUGGAACAUCGCAUUUAGUCGAGGGCCUCGUCAGUGCGUCGGUACCAAUAUUGCCUAUCUUGAGUUACAUUCUUGCCUUGCUUAUCUCUUUUCUCAUUUUGAGCUUGCUCUUCCCAGCGACGGCAAGAAUCAAUUGAAUUGGGUUGACCGUUUCGUUGCGACAAAUGUAAAGGAAGUGGGGAUUAUUGUUGUGAAGAACCGAUGGAUUUAA